AUGGGCUCGAUUAUUGGUCAAGCUGCCGACGGUUCGGGGCCGGCCAGAGAUGGACAGCAAGAGGCGGCGGAGGAGGAAUUGGAGGCGGGAAUCGAGAUAUGGAGCUACGUGUUCGGUUUCACGAGGAUGGCGGUGGUGAAAUGCGCGGUGGAGCUCGGCGUGGCCGACUUCAUCGAGAGCCACAACAAGGGAGAGUGCCCUCCGACGACGCUGGCCCAGCUCUCCUCGGGCUUGGGCUGCGACCCGGCCCACCUGUCCCGAAUCAUGCGGUUCUUGGUCCACCACCGCGUUUUCCGGGAGGUGCCCGCCGGCGACGGCGGAGCACCGUGGCACUACCUCAGCGCCACCGUCCGAUCACCACCGCCGGGCGAGAAGCCGAAGCCGCCGCCGUUCGAUCAAGCUCACGGGAAAUCCCUCUUCGAAUACACGGAAGCGAAUCCAGGCCACAGCAAGCUCUUCGACGGUGCGAUGUCCUGCAUCGCGAGGUCGACCCUGCCGGCGAUAAUCCGAGGCUGCCCUGAGCUGAUGGACGGGGUCGGAACCGUGGUUGACGUCGGCGGCGGUGAAGGAACCGCCGUGAGUUUGCUGGUGAAGGGGUUUCCUUCGAUCACCAAAGGUAUUAACUUCGACCUCCCCCAUGUCGUCUCUGUGGCGAUUGAGUCUCCGGGCGUGGAGCAUGUCGGCGGCGACAUGUUUGACCGUAAGUGCAGAGAAGCCAUUGCAGGGAAGGAGAACGGAAAGCUGAUAAUAGUGGAAGCUGUGGUUCAUGAUACUAGUACUGAUAAAGAAGGCAAAGAUGGGAACAACAGGCUUGAGCACGUGAGGCUGAUGCUGGACAUGAUCAUGAUGGCGCACACGACCUUGGGGAAAGAGAGGACUCUGAAAGAAUGGCAGCUUCUUCUUCGCCAAGCUGGGUUUACCAGAGUCGUCGUCACUCCCAUCGAGGCUGUUCAGUCGGUCAUUCAAGCCUUCCCUUGA